AUGGACCGAGUUCCAUUUGCGAAAGCCUUGGAGAUGUUCUGCGAGGGUAUUUGCCCCUCCGGCCCGAUAUGGAGUCAUGUUCUCGAGUACUGGGAGGAGAGCUUGAGAAGGCCGGAGAAGGUGCUGUUCUUGAAGUAUGAGGAGAUGAUGGAGGAGCCCAUGUCGCAUGCCAAAAGGUUGGCCGAGUUCGUGGGGUGCCCGUUCUCCCUGGAGGAAGAGAGAGAAGGGGUGGUAGAGGAGAUCUUGAAGCUCUGCAGCUUUGAGAAGCUGAGAAACUUGGAGGUCAACAAGAUGCAUAAACGCGACGCCGUGCACCUCGCGAAGUUUGACUCGCUCUUCAGGAAAGGAAAGGUGGGGGAUUGGAGGAACCACAUGAGCCCCGAGAUGGCUCGCAACCUGGACGAGAUCACCCAGCAAAACUUCAAGGAUUCCGGUUUGACCGUCUGA